AAACACUAAACAGCCGGCUCCGCCCACUGGCGAGAAGCCCCGCCCGGGAGUUGGUGAGCGGGUCUCCCGGCUUCUUAUCAGCCGUUGGUUAUGCGUGUAGCGGGCACGUGAGGAUCGGGAGUUGCGUGUCAUGGGAACAGGCCUCUUUUAAGGAACGUCGCUCUCCCCUCCUCCGUUAUCUCACGACGACACCCCUGUGAGGUAGUCCAGGCGAAGGAUUCGCGACGAGCCAGCUCAAUGAAGGGGGGUUUCGAACCCAGCACGGGCUCUGCCGCUUGGGAUCUUUAACGUUUAAGUUGGCUCUCUUCCUCUGGGGCUUGACAGGAUGAUCCACGGUUUAGAUCAGUGAAAGGACGCCGCUAUGGGCGGAAAGGGCAAGGGCAAGGGCAAAGGGAAAGGAAAAAAGGGCAAAGGGAAGAAAUCCAAGAAGGGUGCCGUGGAGGUCGACAUCUUGAGCCCGGCCGCCAUGCUCAACGCCUACUACAUCUCCCACAACGCCGCGGCCUGCCUGGAGUUUCGCGGGUUCCCCUGGUCCGGCUCGCCGAAGAAGAAGGGGAGGGGGAAGAAACGCAAGUAGGAAGCCCCGGGGAGAAGGUCGGAGCCCCUGGACGGGAGAGGAGGACUUUGGCAGGCAAGGCUUCGGCCCUCGAGCGUCUCGGUUUGGCAGCUCCCGUGUCCCACCCGACGGCAUUCCAGAAGUAAAGCCUCGCUUUCCGCUGCCUUUCCUGGCCCUUCAGUAGCCGCCUUGUGAUUGGUGCAGGGAGCGUUCCGCUGGUCUUGCAUUGGACCGCGUGGAUUCGGGGCAGGGCCAAAGGGGUCAAUUUGGCUCCGCCUCCAAGUGGCGCCACAGCUGCUGGGCCUUUCAGGAUUUGCAUGGUUUCCUUGCUCCCCAGAGCGGAGGCUGCGAACAAACGGCAAGCCCCGCUCACGCAGACAAGGGGAUCGAGGAGGCGGAAUCCAAGAUGGAGGAACCGAGCAGUCCGCUCCAGGCAGCAGCUGUUCCAGCUCUGAGUGUCCAUUUGUUCAAAAUAGACCGGUCAGACGGAAAACCAGCACCGCAGGGAAGAAGGCUCUGCCAUCAUCACUACCCUCCACUUGCUGGUUUUCUGCUUGCGGGGAGAGCGUGCCAAAAUUGCGUGCCCCACGAUAGCUCGCCUGCAGUCCGAACAGCGACCUCCAGACUUUGCUGUUUCAUUCCCUCCCCUCCCCCCAUUCUCUGGCAUGGGGUGAACCAAGUCUAGGUCACCUGCCUCCCAGUCUGGGGCGACUAGAGAGUAGAAGCACCUGAGACAUCUUUCUUGGCUUGGUGCAAUUCAAGGGGCAUCCCGUGCAUAAAGCCACCGGCACAUUCCACCACGGCCGGCUUCCUGGAAGUGUGUCCCAGAAUCCUAGUGGGGUUUUCAUGCAAG